AUGAAUGAAGACCAGACCGGAUCAGAAGAAACAAGUGACAGUUAUUCUGACGAUGAAAUACCUGACGGCCAAGAUAUCGGUAUACAAGUUCCUCGGAAUGUUCAAAAUCCAAGUUGUGUCAAAGGAAAGGGAAGACUACCAAAGA